CGUUUUAGCAGCAUCGUUGAAAGGGGUUAUUCGCUCGGAGGCUGGAAAAGAGAGACAGAGAGAGAAGAAAGUUGGGGAAAGAAAAAAUGGGGUAUGUGCUGAGAGUGAGAUUGGCAUCGUUUUUCACAGGUGCUGCAACGGCGUCGUUUUUGGGUCUCUACAUCCUCCACCGGGAUUACAAGGUUGCGCACCAAUCCUUUACUCAACAGAUGAAUGAUCUGCACCAAUCACUAGAAAGUCGAAUUUCUUCCUUGGAAAAACUGAAACAAACGGAAACUUCAGAACAGGUUGAAGCAACAGAAUAAGAGUUUGGACUGAGGUAUCCAUUGUGGAAAAAAUUGAUUCUAUGUACUCACUAUGAAAAGUUACUUUUAGUUGUUUGUUUCCUAAGGAAUAAGUUUAAAUUGACUCAUUUUAUGGCACUCCAUCUGACUUAACUUUUUCAUCUGAAGUGUACGGAUCAGUUGUGUCACAGAAUGUAGUUUGGAUUAUUUUUGGCUAAGAGCAUUUACCUUUCACCGCGGUUAUGCGUGGUAAGUAAUGGAUAUUUGGGUUCCUUUUUAAAUAUGAAAAUUGUAUGUUCUUUAUUAUUUCUA